AUGGUGUACCCUGCCAUUGCUUUCGCCUUCAUCCCCCUCCUGCUGACACUGCUCAUCAGAUACCGCUUCUACUUUGCGCUGUUCUACCGUGCCGUCCUGGUACGCCUAUGGAAAGACUGCGUUACGGGUCUGAGCCGCGAAGAGCGGGCCUACCAGUAUGUUCUCACUCAUGCUACCCCAGGGGACCCGGACAGCGUUCUAGAAGCUUUUGACGAGUGGUGCAGCAAGGUGGAGUUCAUCAGUAACAUAGGACCAAAAAAGGGAAAGAUCCUGGACCGAAUUCUGACAGAGCAGAGUCCUCUUACAAUCCUGGAAUUAGGGACCCACUGUGGGUACAGCACUGUGCGUAUGGCCAGGUCUCUGUCGCUGGGUGCAAGGAUCUACAGCGUUGAGAUGGACCAGUGUAACGCCGCCAUCGCUGAGAAAAUCAUCCGCCUGGCAGGCUUUGAUGACGACACUGUAGAGCUGAUUGUGAAUCCAUCAGAUGAAGUCAUCCCAUGCUUGCGGUCUGAUUUUGGUUUGGAGAGACUGGAUUUUGUCUUCAUGGACCACUGGAAGAAAUGCUACCUGACUGAUCUGCAGAUGCUGGAGGGCUCUGGUCUCCUCGGAAAAGGAUCAAUGAUCGUGGCAGACAAUGUGAUUUUCCCGGGGGCUCCCAAAUUUCUCAGGCACCUUCGCAAGAGCGGCUUGUAUGAGUGGAAGAUCCACCGCGCCACACUGGAAUACAGCAAGGGUAUCCGGGAUGGCAUGGCAGAAAUGGUGUAUCAGGGGAUUAAGUAG